AAUAUUAAUAUUCAGUUUUAGUUGUUGGUCAUUAAUUUAAGAUGAGAUUCAACUCAAAAUUGAAAUCUUCCAUAUUGAGUUCAAUUAACUCAUUUAAACUCAACUCAAUAUCACUCCUAUUUAUAUCCACCAUUGCCAUUUGUAAAACAGGACAAAAAUAUCAAUCUACUGCCAAUCCCAUCCAAUGCUGAAAACAUAAAGCUCAAACUUCACCUCUCCCUCAUCAUCCCUCCCACCCUCAGCUUCCAACUUCACCUCCUCCAUGAGCACCUGCAACAGUCCAUUCUCAGACCUCCCAUGCCAACUAGGAUAUGUUCAGUGCAGCUUCUGCACCACCUUCUUGUUGGUGAGCGUUCCAUGCAGCAGUCUGCUGAAGGUGGUGACAGUGAAAUGCGGUCACUGUACUGGCUUGCUAUCAGUUAGCUUGGAAAUACAGCAAGGAAUUAAUGGAGAGGCUGUGGACAGAAUGUACGGCUAUGAUGGAGAGGAAGAAGCUGAUCAGUUUCUAGCAGCAGAAGCUUCUUCUCCUCCUCCAACAAUCACCACCAUCAACAAACCUCCAGAGAAAAGGCAGAGAGCUCCCUCAGCAUACAAUCGAUUUAUUAAGGAAGAGAUACAAAGGAUAAAAGCUAGAGAUCCAAGCAUCACCCACAAGGAAGCCUUCAGCACCGCAGCAAAGAAUUGGGCGCAUUUUCCUAGAUUUCAGCAGAGGGAGAAAGGAGAAGGAUGCAGCCUAAGGAGAGAGGGCAAGAAAGCUAGAGACCAAGAUGCAAUUUAUCAGAUGGACGAAAGAAGAGGGCCUAGAUUUCAAGAGAGGAAGGCAUUGAGGCACGCCCUUGCUAACUAG